UUAUUUUUGCAGUAUGGUCUCUACGGAUCCUUCGUCGGCUGCCUGAUGUACCUAUUCCUGGGAAGCUGCAAAGAUGUGCCCAUGGGUCCCACGGCUAUUUGCUCACUGCUAACCUACCAGACUAUCAAAGGGAUGGGACCUGACCAUGCUAUACUGUUAUGCUUCCUAAGCGGGGUCAUACAACUUAUCAUGGGUAUAGUUGGUUUAGGAAUAAUGAUAGACUUCGUCUCUGGUCCCGUAUCGUCAGGUUUCACUUCGGCUGUUGCUUUGCUGAUCAUCUCGUCACAAGUGAAGGAUAUCCUGGGUAUCAACGGAGGUGGGGCCACAUUUGUCAACAUGUGGUAUAAUCUGGCACAAGACAUACAGAACAUCAACUACUCUGACCUCACACUGGGUGUCACUUGUAUCGUUAUCCUACUGUCUAUGAGGAUGCUGGGAGAAGUGAAAAUCGGACCCGAGGAAGAAGUGUUAUGUACACCGACGCAAAAGCUAGUCAAUAAAACUAUUUGGUUGAUCGGUACAUCUAGAAACUCGAUCAUAGUCGUCAUCAGUGGAAUCUAUGCGUACUAUGUCCAGGUCCAAUAUGGCGAGAUACCCUUCAAAGUUAUAGGAUACAUUCCUCCAGGCCUACCAGAAUUCAAGCUACCUCCCUUCAGUACAGUACAGAACAAUGUCACAUACAAUUUCUUCGACAUGUGCGGAGUCAUGGGUCAGGGAAUAUUUGUUUUGCCACUCAUUGCUCUUCUGGAGAAUAUCGCUAUUUGCAAAGCAUUUGCUAAUGGAAAGACAGUAGAUGCAACACAGGAGCUGAUAGCGAUAGGGCUUUGCAACAUUGGCAACUCGAUGAUUCAGAGCUUCCCGGGUUCAGGCUCACUGUCACGUAGUGCCGUUAACAACUCCAGCGGGGUACGGACACCACUUGGCGGCCUAUACACGGGAGCCCUGGUCAUCAUUGCCCUCCUAUUUUUCACACCCUGCUUCUACUACAUUCCAAAAGCGGUGUUGGCAGCAGUUAUAAUAGCAGCUGUCGUCUUCAUGGUCGAAGUUAGAGUUGUCAAGCCUAUAUGGAGGUCUAAAAAAAGUGAUUUGAUACCUGGCGUGGCCACGUUUAUAGCCUGUCUUCUACUACACUUGGAAAUCGGUAUUCUAAUCGGCAUAGGACUGAAUCUCAUAUCAAUUUUAUAUCAUGCAGCAAGACCGAAGAUCUCAAUCGACAUACAUAAGAGUCGAGGAGGUGUAGAGUACCUUCUAUUAACCCCUGACCGCUGCCUUAUUUUUCCAUCGGUGGAUUACGUGAGUGCUCUAGUCACAAAGCACAGUGUAAAACGGGGCAUACCAGUCGUUAUAGACUGUUCUCAUAUCUAUGGUGCUGAUUUUACUGCAGCUAAGGUGAGUUAA